GCUCCAUUGGCAUCAGGCUGAUGGCUCUCCAGGAUAACCAUCCUGUCUCUCCAGCUGCCAGUCCACUUGCAGCAUUAGUCAUUGAGACUGAACUGAAAGCAGCUCAGGCUUCAAUUCCUGUGCAACUUGUAGGAACUUCUUUAAACCCUGCACCCCUCAGGUUUGAAACUGGCCAUUAAGCUUAAAUGGUGAUGAGUUGAGUAAAGGAAUGGCAGAUGGACAGAGGGCAGGAUCUCAUAAGAUUCAUCUCCUUCAGAAAUGGGCACCUGAAAAGUCUCAAGGACUGAUUCUAAGAAAAGCAAACCAAAUGCCUACUCUGAAACCAAAGUAGGCAUUUGGAAAUGGAAUGGGGUUUGUUGUCCCUGUCUUAUUAGUGAAACUAGAUUGUGCCUAGUUUUUCCAAGGAAACAUCUAUCUUUGCUUAAAAAAAAAAAGAUUUAGAUAAUACAAAAAAAUAGAGUGGUUAUAUGAAAAACAUUUUCCUUGCACAGAAAACCAACUUUUCAUGCUAUCUCUGCAGUACAACUGGAAGUUUGAAGUUGGUAGGAUGGUAGUCACUGGCAAAGAGAGCAAGGGUUGAGAGGAACAGUGGAAAAAGGCACACUGAAAAAAAUAAGGCAUGGAGGGAAGUUAAAUCAGAUUGGUGACAUGCAAGAAGGCAUAUAUUAAGGAAUUACAGAUUUUUACGUGUGCCGAGUAAAGCUAAUUGUGCUAAUUUCUGAACAGCAAGAAGAAUAAACAAUGCUUCUGUCUUAGUAUAUUUCUUAGUGAUUAAAGAUUGCGACAUGGAGUGUGGCUAGAAUGAGUCAAACAGAAUAUUGACAAGGCACUUAGAUAAAAAGAGUAAAAUGAUGAAGCAAGAAACAUAGUGUCAUGAAUUUUAGAAACAUUGCAGACAAUUUGCAGACAGCCAGGUGACAGGGAAUGCCAAGAUUUCCUUGUCUCCUGGACAGAGAGCCCUGGCAGAGCAUGACCUGUGGCAUAGCUGCCUUAAGAGCAGCAGAGGGUAUGGCAGAUGGGAUUGGGGCUGAAACUCGGGAGUUAAUUUCUCCUCGGUGCUUCCUUCACAAGCCAACGGAGAAAAUACUGCAGGAGAAGUACUGCAGCUGGAUCCCAAACACCAGUCAAUAUCAGAGAGUCGUGCUUCCAAUGGUGUUUGUAGCAGAGUUUAUUAACUAUGCUGCUAUCACUGCAUGAAAUACCUUCCUUCAAAUUCACCAAGCUGGCUUGUGUAUUUUUAAUGAGUGUUGGCACAAUUCUUCACAGAACUGUGGGAGCUGAUGGAGAUUUACCGGAUGGAUUAGCCUUCUGGGACUCCCACAACAGUUACCUAACGAAGCUCCUGCAGAAUCACACUGCCUAUGCCUGCGACGGGCAGCACCUGAGCCUGCACUGCCCUCGGCACUCAACCAUCAGCGUUCAGUCGGCGUUUUACGGGCAGGACCCCCACAUGUGCAGUGCUGGGGAGCCUGAAACCAGCAUGGCAGAGCCCAGGAACUGCGUGGCACCCACCUCUUUGCAGAAAGUACUGGAUGAAUGCCAAAACCUGAGAUCCUGCCAACUCCUUGUCAAUAGUCGGGUUUUUGGGCCUGAUCUGUGUCCAGGAACCACUAAAUUCCUCCUUGUCUCCUUUAAAUGCAAACCUACUGAAUACAAAACCAAAUCAGCAUGUGAAAACCAGGAACUGAAGCUCCACUGUCAGGAAUCCAAGUUCCUUAUCAUCUACUCGGCCACCUAUGGCAGAUGGGCACACGAGGAGAGCGUCUGCUCAACAAAGGCGGAGCACGCACCCCCCUUUGACUGUUUGUCUUACUCAGCGCUGGAAGUGUUAUCAAAAAGGUGCUAUGGGAAACAGAGAUGCAAAAUCAUUGUCACUAGCCGGGAUUUUGGAAGUCCGUGCCUACCUGGAGUGACAAAAUACCUAAAUGUCAGCUAUGCAUGUGUUCCUAAAUUUAUCCUCACAGCAGUCAACCCCCUGGUCCCUGAUAACAAGUCUUCCAUCAAACAGAACGAUGGUGUCGACCUUGAUCCAAGGGAAUCGAGACUUCCAAAGAAAGGUGGAACUAUUGUUAGCUCUAACUACUUGGCUACAUUCGCCUACAUUAGAGUGACAUCCAGAAACUGCACAGGAGGAGGGAUCAGCUGGUGCCACAGAGUGCCAGAGCCUACAGGAGCAGUGCACAGGAGGAGGAGGAGGAAGAGGAGGGGGAGGAUUCCUCCCUUUCAAACACCCAGGAUGAGACAGACGGACUUUACAGACCUUCUUACUCAGGUUAUAACUCGGCAGAGGCAGCGGAACUGGCCGAAAGGAUUGAGCGCAGGGAGCAGAUCAUACAGGAAAUUUGGAUGAACAGUGGCUUGGAUAUGACACCCCCUAGAAAUAUGAAUACAUUUUAUAUCAAUGAACAAUAAAUGGCUUAUUUUGGA